UGCAUACCCUGCAAUUCUUCUUUACACCUUUCACAAUUGACAUGGCCGUUUCCAGGACCUACGCCCUACGGGUUUCUUGUUCGAGAAGCUGUUUUCUGUCGUUGCGUCGUCGGCGUUUCAAAUCAAUCCACAGAAAAAAAGUGUAUAUCAAAUUAUCAAUGCAUACGGAAAAAAAUAUGUUUAUAAGUGGCGAUUGAGACGAUCAAUUUUGGAUCAUUUCUUCACGUACAUACGCUAAUUGUGCAAGAGAAGCUAGGGUUUUGGGGAUUAUUGUUGAUAGGGGUUUUUUAGGUCUGUAAAAUCGAGUGAUUGCUGAUGGUGGAUGUGGAUGGUAAAGAGAACGAGGGUGGUAAUGGCGAUGAUAAGAAGAAGAAGAACCGUCUAAGGAUGCGAUGGGGAAUUAUCGGAGCUAUGAUCACAGUUUUAGUUGCCGUAUCUCUCAAUCCUUGGCGGAAUUCUCUCAAUCUAUCUCUCCUCCAUAAAUCGUACCUCUGUUCUGAGGAUACCUGUAAAUACACAGGCCUCAUUGAGGACUGUUGUUGCGACUUUGAAAGUGUUGAUGAUAUUAAUGGCGCAGUUCUACAUCCAUUGUUACAAGAGCUUGUUACCACUCCCUUCUUCCGAUACUUCAAGGUUAAAUUAUGGUGUGAUUGCCCUUUCUGGCCUGAUGAUGGAAUGUGUAAAAUGCGUGAUUGCAAUGUAUGCGAGUGUCCAGAACAUGAAUUCCCAGAAUCUUUUAAAACACCAUCAUUAAAUGUUCUUCCAAAAGAUGAUCCUGUAUGUCAAGAGGGAAAACCAGAAGCUACUGUGGAUCGAACCCUAGAUGACAAGUCAUUUAAAGGCUGGGUAGAAGUCGAUAAUCCAUGGACUCAUGAUGAUGAAACUGAUAAUGAAGAAAUGACGUAUGUGAAUCUGCAAUUAAAUCCCGAACAUCAUACUGGAUACACGGGUCCAUCAGCUAGAAGAAUAUGGGUUGCUAUAUACUCGGAACAUUGUCCAAGAUAUGCAUAUGGGGAGAUGUGCCCAGAGAAGAAAGUACUAUACAAGCUAAUAUCGGGUCUUCACUCCUCAAUUUCAAUCCACAUAGCUGCUGAUUAUCUUCUUGACAUAAAAAAUAAUAAGCGGGGUCCAAAUCUGAAAUUGAUGCGUGACCGAGUAUUGAAACAUCCUGAUCGCGUGCAAAAUCUUUACUUCACUUUUUUAUUCAUUCUUAGAGCUGUGACAAAAGCAGGUGGUUAUUUGAAUGAGGCGGAGUAUGAUUCAGGGAACGAUUUAGAGGAUAUGAAAGCGGGAGAAUUGAUAAGAAGAUUGGUGCAUAAUCCCAAAUUACAAGCUGCAUGUGCACUUCCAUUUAAUGAAGCUGAAUUAUGGCAAGGUCAAGGUGGGCCCAUGCUUAGGCAACAAAUCCAAAAUCAAUUUCUAAACAUCAGUGCAUUGAUGGACUGUGUGGGGUGUGAGAAGUGUCGGCUUUGGGGGAAACUUCAGGUUCUUGGUAUUGGAACGGCGUUAAAGAUUUUGUUUUCCGUUAAUGAUAAGGGAAACCCAGACCCAUAUUUGCUGUUACAAAGAAAUGAAGUGAUUGCUCUAGUUAAUUUACUAAAUCGGCUAUCGGAAUCUCUUAUGUUCGUUAAUAAAAUGGGGACUCCUGAUAAAGAAAUAAUCAGCAAACCAUGGGGAUUGUCGUCAGUGGCUUAUUGGUGGCCAAAAUCUAACCAACAAUUGUCAUUGUCAACAAACACCACUGACCCAUUUUGAUAAUGAGACAAGAUCAAAGUGAUGAUAAAAAAUUAGAGCAAAAUAUUAUAGUUUGAGCUUGAAUUUCAUUUCUUUGGUUAUUUGGUAUGUAACAUCAUUUCAUCUAAUGCUAUUGUUUUUUAAUUAUGUUAGAAAAAUUUUGUAAUUCUUUUUUUGAAAUCAAUAAAUAUGAAAAAUGAAAUUGUAGU